UUCACGAAGACAGAGGAGAGAGCAGCGCUCUUUGUCUCUUCACUCCGUCAGUUCAGGAGGUUUUAACAUGGGGAACCUAACUGGUAAAGUAUAGGAGGACGUCAUCGUUGAAAAGUUGAAAUCCAAGCAGUGGAGGACAAAUGACGAACAUCAAUGUGCCCUUUUUCCCCUCUCCUUUACAUACAUCCGUGUCUGAAGAGAAAUAAGAAGAGGACAUUUAAAAAGGACAAGGUGUUGUGUCCCCAUAAACCAAUGGCUCAGUAUAACUGUUCCUCUCUGGGUCUGCCUGCCACCACUCCUGACCAGCUUGGUUGGAAUGUGUCCUGGGCCCUGGGCAACGUCAGUGCUGAUGACAUGGAGAACAUGUGCCUGAAUCGGAGUCAGUACCUGGAGAAGUUUCGAGGCUUACAGCGGUCGCCUGUUUUCCUGCCGGUUUGCAUUACCUUCCUCAUCAUCUUCGCUGUGGGAGUGUUAGGUAACGUGCUCACCUGCGCCGUCAUCGUGCGCUACAAGGUGAUGCGGACGCCAACUAAUUACUACCUGUUCAGUCUGGCCGUGUCCGACUUAUUGGUCCUAGUCCUGGGUAUGCCGUUGGAACUCUACGAGAUGUGGAGCAACUACCCGUUCCUGUUCGGCGCUGGUGGCUGUUACUUCAAGACCUUCCUGUUUGAGACGGUCUGCUUUGCAUCCAUUCUCAAUGUAACGGCACUGAGCGUGGAGCGCUACAUCGCCGUGUUACACCCGCUGAAAGUCAAGCACGUGGCCACGCACGCCCAUGCCAAGCGUGUCAUCCUGAUGCUGUGGGUCAUGUCCAUGGUGUGCGCCAUGCCAAACACCAGCCUCCACGGUUUGGCCGUGUUGAGGCCUCGAUUUGGCCUCCAAUUCCCAGAGUCGGCCGUCUGCAUGAUAGUCAAGCCCAUGUGGAUGUACAACCUGAUUAUUCAAGUGACCACGCUGGUCUUCUUCCUGAUACCUAUGCUCACCAUCACUGUGCUGUACCUGCGCAUCGGCCUGCAGCUCAGGAUGGAGAGGGGCAUGCAGGGGUUCGGGAUCGGGCAAGGUUUUGGUCCUGAUCGCCACUGCAGGCACCAGCAGAGGGUGCGCCACAGACAAGUCACCAAGAUGCUUUGCGUACUGGUGAUAAUUUUUGGCAUCUGCUGGGCUCCCUUCCACAUUGACCGUCUCAUGUGGAGCUUCAUAAACUCCUGGACUGGCCACCACCACCUGGUCUUCGAGUACGUCCACGUCGUCUCCGGGGUCUUCUUCUACCUCAGCUCGGCGGUCAACCCCAUCCUCUACAACCUCAUGUCCACCCGCUUCCGGGAGAUGUUCCAGCAGAUCACGUGUCGCUCCGGCCUCUGUGGCGGCGACGUGCGCAUGCUGAACGCCCGUAGCACCCAAAUGACCCUACGUAGUAUCGUCUAUGAGAAGCCACAACAUAAUGGGACCCCAGAGAGAAUCACCCCAGACAGAGAGGAGCAGAAUGUGUACGUAAACCCCCACGGCCAGCAUGUAUAUGACAAUACAAGCCCUGAUUAGAUAGAGGGUGAUGGGGUGGGGGAACCAAAACAAUGUACAAACAUGAACUAAGAUUGGGUACCAAAAUGAGAAAAUGUAUAUCUGAUUGAACAUGUACAACGAGAGUUUGGAUGGAAAGCAACAGAGUGAAGUUUUGCCCUAGACUUUGGAUUUAAAGUGGAAUUCUCACUGGGCGAUACCAAAAUUAACCAGGAUGAGGUACCAAAAUGUAAUUAUUAAAUCGAUCACUGAUUGAAUGUGUAGCAGGUAGGUAUUUAUUGGGAUGACUCAUGUACUGAAGGCAGCUUUGAGUAGACACUAGUUGGCACAGCCACAAAGUCAUAAAAUCAGAUUUUAAACCUAACCCUAACCACCCUGCUAACCGUAUGCCUAACCCUAACAUAUAGCCAAUUUUGACUUUGCAGCCGGCCCAUCUAGUGGAAAUCGCUUAGCUCUGCCUCCAGAACACGACAUCUCAAUAAACAUCAACCAGCGACUGUGUACAGCCAGAGUGGAUAGAGAGAAAGUAAUAAAGUUUAGUCCUUCGACUUUGAAUUUAUAAUGGUUUUCCCACACACAUACAAUUAGUUAUAUGUGGGAUAUUCAAAUGUUUAUUCUGUGCAGAUGAACGUGUUCUUCAACCGGAAAUUAAUAUUCAGAUUGAACACAUUAUUUAUAUAAGCGUAUUUUGAAAAAGAAACAAUACCCAGCUUUGUAAAAUAUCUUAUUAAUAUAAUACUGAUCUUAUUCUGUUCAUAUGUUUCAGGAGACACGAUUAAAUUGUAACCGUCUUCUUCCAUGCGUUAUUGUACUCGGUACACUAUCAAAAUCCCACUCACUAUGAAUGUAUAUCACAGGCAAUAUUGAAAGUAUAUGAGAGAUAGAAAUGUCAUGACACAAGAAUUGGAAAAUGUGAUGUACGUAUGACAUCCUUAAAGAAAUGUAAAUGGGGCAGGAUUUCCAUCAGCAGUAAGUAAAUACGUAAACUACAGCUAAACAAAUGCUGUGUGCCUUUUUAGUAAUACUCCACAAUGCACAGCUUCAAGUGCUUUCUGAAAACUGACAUUGUUUUAUUCCUGUGUAAACUGAUUUCAAAAUUAAUAUUUUAGAAGGUUUCUGCAUCACGUACAUUUCCAUUGCUAAACAGAAGUUAAAUCAUACAGUAUUAAGUCAUUACUUGCUCCCAUAACGUCUCAAUAGACCAUUCAAAAACACUUAU